AACUUUUAAGCUGCAAAGAAAUAGCCAUUUCCGGAAAGUGCGAGUGCAGGUUAGUAGUCUGCCUACCCUUUCUAGUUUCAAGCAAGAACCAGCGUCACUGCUUCACAUUUACAGCGACAUAAAUCGAUGGGAUGGAUAGAGGGAAGAUUUCUUUUUGUUUUUUGGAUUUAUUGAUGAUGAUGAUAGAGGGAGAUCAGUGGUUUCAUUGAUUGAAAAGCCGGACGAAUAGUAGCAACAAGAACACCACACUCAUGCUUUGGUCCGCGUGCUUGAUGAAAAAAACUUUUGGUUUUUGUUGUGUCAAUAAAAAGCUCUCUCUUUCCUGCCCCACACCAUAAAAGGAUCUGUGUCUAGUCUAGCGAAUACCUUUUUGCAGGUUUUGUUCCUUGAUUUUGGAUCAUCAAGGACUCCUCAAAGGGGAGGGGUUGGUUUCUCUGUUUUGACCAACUGGAUUGGUCUUUUGGGUGAACUUAAGAUUCCUUGACAUGGGUCUGUCCUAAAAAGUUAUCUUCUUUUGGAGGAAUAUAGGGUUGUGAUUUUAAUGCUCUAGUUUCUAUUCUGUUUGACGGGGGGUUUUUGUAAUCGAGCGGUUUGGUGUUGAAGAAGUAAAGAUGACAUUUUUCUAUUGAGUGGCUCUGGUUGUGUGGUAGAGAGGAUAUACCAACUCAAGUUAGAAGCAUAAUAUGGGGUCUGUGGAAGAGAAAAUCAAGACAGGGGGGCUUGUAAAUGGAGCUCAAACAAAUCUUCUCGAGGAAAUGAAGUUGUUGAAAGAAUUUCAAGAUCAGUCUGGAAUACGGAAGGCUAUCAACUCGGAGCUGUGGUACGCUUGUGCAGGCCCACUAGUUUCCUUGCCUCAGGUUGGAAGUCUGGUGUAUUAUUUUCCUCAAGGGCACAGUGAGCAGGUGGCAGUUUCCACGAGAAGAUCAGCUACUUCACAGAUCCCCAACUACCCCAAUCUGCCUUCUCAGUUAUUGUGCCAAGUUCACAAUGUCACCCUACAUGCAGACAAAGAUACAGAUGAAAUCUAUGCUCAAAUGAGUCUUCAACCAGUGAACACUGAAAAAGAUGUCUUCCCUAUACCAGAUUUUGGGCUAAGGCCCAGCAAGCAUCCAAGUGAAUUUUUCUGCAAAACUUUGACUGCUAGCGAUACAAGCACACACGGUGGCUUCUCAGUGCCACGCAGGGCAGCAGAAAAGCUCUUCCCUUCACUGGAUUACACAAUGCAACCGCCAACUCAGGAGCUUGUUGUAAGGGACUUGCAUGAUAAUACCUGGACUUUUCGCCAUAUAUACCGCGGGCAGCCAAAACGACACCUUCUUACAACUGGGUGGAGUUUAUUUGUGGGUUCAAAAAGGCUUAAAGCAGGUGAUUCUGUUUUGUUCAUCAGGGAUGAAAAGUCACAGUUAAUGGUGGGUGUGAGGCGUGCAAACCGUCAACAAACAACAUUGCCAUCAUCAGUUCUAUCUGCUGAUAGCAUGCACAUUGGUGUCCUUGCUGCUGCAGCUCAUGCUACUGCCAAUCGAAGUCCAUUCACCAUUUUUUACAAUCCAAGGGCAUGCCCUUCAGACUUUGUCAUUCCUUUGAUUAAAUUCCGGAAAGCUGUAUUUGGAACUCAAGUCUCAGUCGGUAUGAGGUUUGGAAUGAUGUUUGAGACAGAAGAGUCAGGAAAACGCAGAUAUAUGGGCACAAUAGUUGGUAUCAGUGACUUGGAUCCACUGAGGUGGCCUGGUUCUAAGUGGCGGAAUCUUCAGGUGGAGUGGGAUGAGCCAGGGUGUUCUGAUAAGCAGAACAGGGUUAGUUCAUGGGAAAUUGAGACUCCCGAAAGUCUCUUUAUUUUUCCUUCUCUGACUUCAGGUCUCAAACGACCCUUGCAGUCUGGAUUUUUAGGAGAUUCUGAGUGGGGGAGUUUGGUAAAAAAGCCCCUUUCAUGGCUUCCUGGUAGUGGAAAUGCAAAUCUCCCAUAUGCUUCAAUGUCAAACAUAUGUUCUGAACAACUGAUUAACAUGCUAAUGAAACCUCAUCCUAUUAACUAUCCUGGAAUCUGUGGAGCUGCACUACCUGAAGUUUCUGCUGCGAAGGUGGCUUCAUUAGAUGUCAAGAACAUGCAGGCAACAAUUAAUCAGAUGCCUCAGCUAAACCAGUCAGGAGUUACGCCUGUAGAAAACCAGAAUUAUUCACAGAUCUGUCUAGACCAAUCUGAUGCCAUAAUCUCAUCUUCAUCGAAAAUAAAUGUAGCUGGGAAGUCAUUUUCUUCAAUCGAAGUUGAAAAUCAAGCAUCAGCUGGAGUUGGUGAAAGAAAAUUAAAGGCAGAAACUGAGCAUUUGCCAGAUCAGUUAAGCCAGCUAACUUCAACAGGUGAAUGCAGUGUGCAGAAACCAUCAUCGUGUCCUAUGACCCAGCAGAAUGCCACAAAUCAUCUAGCGAUCCAAAACCAGAAUCAGGGCCACUCACAAUUACAAACCAGCCUCUGGCCUGCACAGGCAUUUCCAGAAUUGUCGUUACAUAAUUCCCAACAGAUCCAUUCACCUCUUGCUGAUGCUACUGCACCUAACUGCUCACUACCAUUUCUAGAUGCAGAUGAAUGGAUAUCACAUCCCAUGUCUCUUGCUGGGAUGUAUAGAUCGGGGCCACUGUCUAUGUUUGGAUCACAGGACACAUCAGUUGUGUUCCCGGAAGCAAUUAAUCCCUCUUUACCUUUUAUGAAUCAAGAUGUGUGGGAUCAUCAGAUGAGCAAUUCAAGAUUUCUAACCCAAGCAAACCAAUUGAUUUCUUUGACUCAGCAAGAGCCUUGUACCCUAAACUCAGGUGCAGUGAAGGAUUUAUCUGAUGAGAGCAAUGAUCAAAGUGGGAUUUAUGGUUCUCUCAACUUUGAUGCCAGCAAUGGGGGUGGUUCUGUGGUUGAUCCUUCUGUCUCAAGUGCUAUACUAGAUGAGUUCUGCACAUUAAAGGAUGCUGAUUUGCAGAAUGCUUCAGAUUGUCUAGUCGGCAACCUCAGCUCAAGCCAGGAUGUUCAGUCUCAGAUUACCUCAGCAAGCCUAGCAGAUUCCCAAGCUUUCUCACGGCAAGACUUUCCUGACAACUCAGGUGGUACAUCUUCGAGCAACGUUGAUUUUGAUAAUAGCAAUAUGCUCCAGAACAGCUCAUGGCAGCAAGUAGCCCCACGUGUGCGCACAUAUACCAAGGUUCAGAAGACAGGGUCUGUUGGCAGGUCAAUUGAUGUCUCGGGUUUUAAAAAUUAUGAAGAACUAUGCUCCGCUAUUGAAUGCAUGUUUGGACUUGACGGGCUUCUAAACAAUCCUAAACGUUCUGGGUGGAAAUUAGUAUACGUGGACUACGAGAAUGACGUUCUACUCAUUGGUGAUGAUCCUUGGGAGGAAUUUGUUGGCUGUGUCCGUUGCAUAAGGAUUCUGUCACCUUCAGAAGUUCAGCAGAUGAGUGAAGAGGGAAUGAAGCUUCUUAACAGCGCUAACAUCCAAGGGACCAAUGCACCCAUCACCGAAGGGAGCCAUGCUCGAUAAAACCACUUCAACUAAGUGACUCCCCCUCGCAAUUAACAGGACGUUUUCUCACGUGGUGGCAAUGUAUGUUCCCGGAAUGGUUCCCUGCCUGUUCAAACCUAAAAUCAUUCCCGGAGAACUUUAUCCGAAUCACCCACGGCAGAGGGGGCGAGUAAUGUUGGCUCUUCCGAUUUAGCCUCACGAUGUAUUCUGAUAUAUGAAUAGAUAUGUUAUAUUAGUUGAUGUUAUAAUUAAGGGGAUGAUGGAUAUAUAUUAUCCUUCCAAAGAAGCUCAAGGCAUAACUACUUAGCUUAUAUUGUAGUAGCAUGCUAGUUAAUAGAUUUGUUUGUACUACUUGACCAGACAAGCUUGCUAUUUGCUUGUACAAGUUUCUUGUAAUGGGAUGACAGUAUGAAGCGACAUGUCAUUUAUAGUGCCUUAGGGGCU